CGAAGAUUUGAAUCGUCGCCAUCCCGACUUUGGCAUCAUCACCAGACUUGUGCGACAGCGCCAGCCGCCAACCCUCGUGGCCUUGCCAUCAAACCCACUGCAUGCGACUCGGCGUAGAGCCCGUCCCACAUCCUCAUAGCAUCAUCCGAGUGACAGCGCCGCUGGACCCAUCGCUUUUCUGCCGCUGGCAACCACACAAAGCGUCGUGGGCAAGCACCGAGCCUUGAGUCUUCUUGCGGGCCUUGCUUGACGCGCUUUGACCGCGGCGGCCAAUACCGAACUCCCUUCCUGCACUCUCGCUUCCAUCGCUCCUUUGUUCGCGACAGCCUGUGUCGGCCUUUAGCUGCGACACAAUUCUAGUCCUCUUCUGCCACAGCGCGCUCCACGAACGAGCGCGUUUUGCCUUUCCGUCUUCCCCAAUCUGUUUCGUUUCCCUGGCACAAACACCCGAUGCUCCCUGGCAAACCUGCAACGCAUCAACUGCUCCAAUAAUUGCCUGCACAUCUCUGAGAUUAUCCUCCACGCGUGACGAGGUCACACUUACCAUGUCAUACUAUCCAGCGGGGUAUGGCCAGUGGCCCGACCCGGCUUCAUAUUCCCCCUUCUCCCAGACGCCUCAACCGAUGGGCCAGUCCUCGACCCAGCGCCCUCCUCCCACGUACAACUACCCGCCCAGUACACCGACCGGUCCAGGACCCUACACGGCAUCCCAAGCCGCCUUCGCCCACAAUGCGACGCACAUUCCUGGUCUGGGUGUUCCCGGAGCCGGCUCCCCUUCGCACUACCAGGGCCCGUGGCAGCCUGCGCUGAACUUUGCUAGAUACGGGCAACAAAUAGCAACGCCCCAGAAACCGCCGCCCCAGUCCUUACCGGCCGCGGCCGUCAAAGCCACGACGUCAUCCACCCCGAAGCCUCCCAACGACGUUGUAGAAGAAGGCGAGCUUGAGGAGGAGGAUUUCGAUGACCUCUACGAGCCUCACCCCUCCGACAAUGCCCCCAAAUUCUCGGAGGCGCCCAGAACGACCACUCUCGGACAGCCCAAAAAGGGUAACAGAGAUGCGCAGGCUGGGGCUUUCUACGAAGCAGAGCUUGGAGAGGUCGUGUCGAACCGUGGCGGAUCCCCAGGCCGCGAGAGAUCCGGUUCCUACUCGCCGCACCUAUCCCCGCGUGAAAUCGAUCUUGAAGCUGGCACAUCUCACAAAACGAGUGAUGGGGAAGUUGGUCGCGCCCAGCAAACAUAUGGCUCACAGCGUGGGGCGCUGCCAGCAAAACACGUCACGAACGGCGCCCAUGCCCCGAACGAUCCGUCUUCUCUUCAUCUCACGGCUGCAACAACCUCCGAUGCGCCCUCAAUAUCCGCUCCUGGAUUUCGAUCCGCCGAUGAGGCGAAGAAGGAAGCUCAAAAGUCCAUCCUCAGGUUGCUGCCGCUCGGUGUCAAGUUCCAGAACUAUAUUGAUGAAGGAUUUGACGAGACUAUUGUCAAAUCACUCUUCGGUGACCUGAACCUGCUACCACCUGUGGCACCAGCCAAGCCUUCAGCACAGUCUCCUCAGACGAAGCAGCCUGCGGCAACUGAGGCUUCAGAUUCAACUUCAGCCAAGCCUAAGGAUCAAGCAGAGGAGCGCAAGGAUCGCAUCGCCAGAUUGCUAGCCGCUAAGGCAGCUAAGACGGCUGCGACUGCUCUGCCUGCUCUGACUUCCCCUACCGCUCACCCGCCGAAACCUGCUGGCGCUGCUUCUGCUCCAGGCGCCCCCUCCGCCCCAUUGGCACCAUCGGCCAUGGCCAAGCUGCCGCCUCCGUCAGCUCCUACCGGCCCCGCAGCCCUUCAGAACUUUCCUCCCCCCUCGGCUCCCACGGGUCCAGCAGCCAUGCAAAAUCUGCCGCCUGCAUCAGCGCCCACUGGCCCUGCUGCUCUGCGCAAAGAUGCUGGGUCGUCGCCUGCUUCCAAACCCAGGUCAAAAACGGACAAGGAGCAACUUCUCAAAAAGAAGACGAAGGCCUUGCUCAAGGCCCGUCAGGCCCAAGCGCAACAGUCGGUUGCGGCAGCCUCGGCAGCGUUUAAGCCUCAUACUCCUGCUGCCCUCGGGCAACCUAGCAAGGAUGCGAACGCGGACACAAACGUAUCUCUGCCCGAGAAACCCCCAGCACCCAUCGCGCCACCUGCCUCUGAGGCCCCAGCGGUCCCGAACGCCCAGCCUGCACCUAGCGUUGCCAGCCCGUCUCCCAUGAGCUCUCGGGCCGAGUCGGCGAUCCCAGGGCUCUACUUGUCUACAUCCGUCGGGUCUACUCAGACUUCGAGGAAGCGACCUGUUGCCGCAGAUUUUGUGGACUACAACACUAGUGUCGGGACUCCCAAGCGCCCGUUUGGACAGAACCGCCAGGACUCAUUCGUCAUUAAUAUUAGUGAAGAUGAGGAAUCUGAUGAAGACAUCGAGAUGGAAGUUGACUCGCCGGCAGCUGGGAGCCCAUCUUCAUCAAGCCAGCAGGUGGACACGCCCGGCCGAAAAGGGCCAUCCAUCAAGGACUUUGCCCCUCUGUCCGACGGCCCUUACAAGCGACCGCUAUCCCGCACGAGCUCCAGCGGGCCUCGUCCUGCGAAACUGCAUCAACUUAGUGGGGAGAUCUCCUCGCUCCAGAGGAAAAUUGCUGAGCUCGAGGCCAAGAAGGCGAAGAAGUCUAGUUCCGGUGCCCAUACUCCCAGCGUUGCUGCUGGGACACCGAUUGAGUUCCCAGAAUCAGUCAAGGGGCUCGCUCCUGAUCCGAGAAACAAUACAGCACAGACUCACACGAAGCCACGAGGGGUGGCAUCAGCAAGCGAGGUUGACAACAUGGACUUGGCGUCAGCGCAGCUCAUCUCAGAGGCAGCGUCCGCGACCCUUCCCCAUCGUGCUGCUCAGCCCAAAAACGCCGGCAAGGCGAAGUCCACCUAUGGAGAGCUUGGUGAACUGAAUGCACCACGGCCGAUUCACCCCAGAGCCCAACCCGGGCUUUCCGCAGCCCGUGUGGGAUCCGAAGAUGACCGCAGGGCCCGCAUCGCCAGCAUUCAGCUCCCAAAAAUCGAGGCAACACUGCUAGAGAAGAAAACCAAACUCAAACUUUUGGAGCAGAAGACCAACCAGCUCAGACUGGAGAUCGAGAGAGAGGCAGCCGAGAAGGAGAAGCUGGCAGAAGAACUCCGACUGCUCGAUCAAGCCGAAUCCGCCCAACCCACCUCGGCAUCUGGGGAGCCGGAACUGGCCAUUCCUUCUGUGGUCACACACGAGUCCACAGCUGCGCCAUCACAGACUGGACCUCGAGCGGGAGAGGACUCGCUGGCAUCGACAACAGAACAUACGAAGGACUCUCAGCAAAUCGCGGAUGAUGGUGAGGAUUCCACGUCGUCAGCAGACGAUGAUGCCGCAGCCACACAGUCAAUGGAUCUUGAUGACGAAGAUGCGUCUACCCCAGACUCGACAUCAAACCCUCCCGAACAGACCGACCAAGUGCCACCGGUUCCCGUUCAAACAAACACAGAAAGCAGUCCAGCAUCCGGAACAGCCGCUGCCGAUGCAGUCAGCUUAACACCAGCAACGGAGGCCAACGUCAGCCCCAACCCAGCUUCGCAGCCUCCCGCACCUGACGAGAAGACCGCCUCGGAAGCCUCAACCCCAGAGUCCGGCCAAGUUGACGAGAGCGAGCCCGAACAGCCGAGUAGCGCUCCUAGCCAGACUUCGCGACUCCCGAACGAACUGGAUGCUGAAGUGCCCCAACAAGACGAUGACGCCGCCGAGGUGAUAGUGAUUGAGGAUGGAUCACCUGCUCCCGCCAUGAUAUCAGACGUCGCAGAACCCUCCAGCAACGAGAUGGAGCAAGCUCAAGAGCUGGGCAACGGAGAAUGCCCAUCACGCCGCAAUGACGUCCAGCUCACGUCCUUUACUCCUUACGAGAGCCCGCUCAAAAACUUCCGAUCCUACCGCUUCCAUCCGGAAUACGCCAACAACGUUCAAGGAGGGCUGAAGUCCCUCACUUACACUAACAAGAUCAACCCAAAUCAAGAGCUUUGCCCAGAUGAGAUUACCAGGGGGAGAUGCGAUGACAAGACGUGCAGAUUCCAGCACUUUGCCUCGAUGAAGCCCAAAGAUGACUACAUACUCAUCGAGCUCGGCCGGGCCGACGAGUUCGCUGAAGGCGAGGAGAAGAACAAGUUCAUCGGAGGUCUGAGAGACCUCCUCUUGGCGUUCCGAACUGAGAAAGUCCGGGACUACGACAAGAUUGGGUACGGCAUCAUCGAGUACCGUCGAAAGUUUAUCGGCGACAAGUCGAGGGUGCUCAGCGGGCUCCAUAACACCAAGAUUUGAACAGUGAUUCCGCUGAGGAAGCGGGCCAAGGGGCAGUUUUCCAAACCUGCCCAAGGGACCGAAGAGCCGUAGGCUCCAUAUCUUGCGUCUUGUUCCAACAACGAGCCAUACAAGUCAGCUCCGGGCCUUGCCGAGCACAUAAGCCCCCGCUGAAAAGCAAAUAGGGCCGAAAAUGCAGCCCUACUGGCCCGUUGGCUGGAGCCCCAAAUGACCGAUGACUCGGGGCCCUGAUGGCCUACAGUAGACGGCAUGUCACGAGACGAGCAGCGUGACGAAGCUUGUUCUCAUGAUGCCAGCCUUUGGCAUGACCUCCGUGGACCUUGACACACUCCGGCAUUCAAGCAUGAACGCAGAGGUUGGCGACGGUCCCACAUUGCACAGAAAGAGGGGGCUAUGUAUGAGUAUCGUGCCUGGCCAUUCUUCUACUUUCCCUAUCGAUACCCCAGACUCCCCACGCCAGCAUUUUGCUGCCGCUGCAGCAUCAACCGUAGUGUCUUCUCCAGACACUUUUUCUUUCCUUCGUCUUGAGUUAUUCUUGGACUGCUUUCAGUGCGGCCGCAAGAGGUGGAGAUGGGAGUAUGACUAGUGGUCAAGAGGAGGGAGAGAUACCAAAGCGAACAAGAGGAGGAACAAAAAAAUCAAUACCAACCACGACAAAGAAAGAGGUGGACUAAUAUGAGCUUGGUGGCUGAAUAGCGAAUGCGCCUCGAAACGGUGGCUGUGAAGCCAGCCUGGGGCGUCAGGUAAUGCGAUGAAUAUCAAACUUUCCAACCAAGUCAGCAGUUAGGUGCUUCCUAUCCAGAACCUUGACAUCUUUGCCAAG